AUGAGCGUACAAUCUAAAGCUAAUAAGGCAGACUUGAGACAUGAGGUUGCAGAGGAGUUUGAAGUUGAUGGCCAGAGAUCGGGGGACAUAUGUGUUGAAGCAGCAAAAGGAAAAUUUGCUCAGAUGUUAUUUCGGAAUUUGUUUGAGGAUUAUUCCAAUGCACUAAGACCAGUGGAAGACACUGAUAAAGCACUCAAUGUUACACUUCAGAUCACUCUCUCUCAGAUCAAAGAUGUGGAUGAGAGAAACCAGAUCCUGACAGCAUAUUUAUGGAUCCGGCUCAGCUGGUUUGAUGCGUAUCUGCAGUGGGACAGAGAUGAGUAUGACGGGCUGGAUUCCAUUCGUAUCCCUAGUAACAUGGUAUGGAGACCAGACAUUGUGCUGUAUAACAAGGCAGAUGAUGAGUUCUCUGAGCCAGUGAACACGAAUGUUGUCCUACGCUACGAUGGUAAAAUUACCUGGGACUCACCAGCCAUCACAAAGAGCUCCUGUGUUGUCGACGUUUCAUAUUUCCCUUUUGACAAUCAGGAAUGCAACCUCACAUUUGGUUCUUGGACCUACAAUGGCAAUCAGGUGGACAUCAUAAAUGCUAUGGACACCGGGGACCUGUCUGACUUCGUGGAGAAUGUAGAAUGGGAAAUGCAUGGCAUGCCAGCAGUGAAAAAUGUCAUUACAUAUGGCUGCUGCUCUGAGCCUUAUCCAGAUGUCACAUUUACUUUGAUUUUAAAGAGGAGAUCUUCUUUCUACAUAUUCAACCUCCUUAUUCCAUGUUUGAUGAUAUCCUUUCUGGCUCCAUUAGGUUUUUAUCUCCCUGCGGAUUCCGGAGAAAAGGUCUCUCUGGGAGUUACAGUCCUCCUAGCCCUUACAGUAUUCCAGUUAAUGGUGGCAGAGAGCAUGCCCCCUUCUGAGAGUGUGCCACUUAUAGGAAAAUACUACAUAGCGACUAUGACCAUGAUCACGGCUUCUACUGCAUUAACGAUUAUAAUAAUGAACAUUCACCUCUGCGGAGCAGAAGCCAAACCCAUCCCACAAUGGGCCAGGGUUGUGAUUUUGGACUAUAUGUCCAAAAUAUUUUUUGUUUAUGAUGUGGGUGAGAACUGCACCAGCUCCCAGAAUGAUGACUCUGACUCCAAAUCAGAAGACAGUAUUCAUUCUUACGAUGAUUAUGAGAGAGAGAAUGACGUUUAUGGGAACUACAAGUGCCCUGCCUCAGGGAGCGAGACUUUUGUCUGUGACUUUGACAUUCAAAAAAAGCUGAACAGCCAAGUGGCUGGGAAUUUUGGUGUCCAAUGUGAAAUGCCAGAGCGCCCGUAUUGUUUUCACUGCAUCCACUAUAAGGUCCUGGUUAGUAACAUUGAAUACAUCACUAAUUGGUAUAAAGAGCAGAAGGCAAUAAGUGCUAAAGGAAUUGAGUGGAAAAAAGUGGCAAAAGUGAUGGACAGGUUCUUUAUGUGGGUAUUUUUUAGUAUGGUAUUCUUCAUGAGCAUUUUAAUCAUUGCAAAAGCAGUGUGA